UUAACAUCCAUAACUGUUACAUUAUGUACAAUUGGACAAGUCAGUUUUAUAAAAAAAUAUAUGAUAUAUAUCGUGGCUAACACAAUCAAAAGCCUUUUCUAAGUCACAGAAAAUCCCACAGACUUGCAUUUUUUUUUAUUUAAUGAGUCUAGUAUUCCAGAGAUAAGUCUGUAAAUUGCAUUUUUAGUCCCUUGAUUUUCUCUAAAUCCAAAUUGGUAUUUGCUUAAUAUACCAUUAUCAUUCAAAUGUUUUAACAAUCUACUGUGCAUUACCUUCUCAAAUCUCUUACUAAUAGAUGUCAAUAUGGAUAUAGGUCUGUAAUUUGAUUCUAAGUUUUCAUCACCUUUUUUUGUCUAUUGGUACAAUUGUAGCAUAUUUUAAUCUGUCUGGGAAAAUACCCUCAUGCAUAGCCCUGUUACAUAAGUAACUUAUAGGUUCACUAAUAAAUAUUUUACAGGCUUUGAGUGUAUUAUUUGAAAUUUCAUCAUAUCCAUGGGUUUGACUAGAUCUUAGGGACCAUAUAAUCCUUUCUAUUUCCCUACUCAUAGUUCUUAUAGUUUUUAUGCUAGGUAGUGGACACUCAAAUUCAUCAGUCAAGUAUGUCAUAUAAUUUGUAGUUUUAGAUUUAUUAUUAUUUAUUAUUAGUAUGCAAGAAAGUACGGGGAUUAAGAAAAUUGCAUAAGUCAAACUGUUUGUGCCAAAGCUUCGAUUUAGUUCCAUGAUAGCUGCAUCUCAUAUUAAGCUUUAGGUACCAUUUGGCAAUAAUUUUCACUAUUGUGAGUGGUAGAAGUCACCUUGAAAUAUCAGAACAAAAAUCCAGCUGGACUAGUUAGUAACAGUAUAUAGCCUGAGGAGUAACAUGUUUGUGUGAAGACAUUUGAAACUUAUAAGUGAAGUGGUUAUGAAGUAGAGUUCUCUGUAUUGUGACACAUUUCUGCUACCUCAGUCAGGAUAGUGACCAGCCUGUUUGUUGUUCCAGGAUCAUUUCUCAGAGGUGUCAGAUUUUUCUGUUUCUCUUUUCUCAUUUGUUUGUAUGAUGACACAUGGAACUGAUUAAGCCAAGAUCAUUGUUACAUGAUAUGGGACAAGUCACUUACUGUACAUCGGUUGAUUACAAUAAGAGAAUAAAGCAUGCGGAUUCAUCGGCAAAGUUCUUAUGCGCCUCGCGGCAAGCAGUGCACCGGUCACCGUGAAGCGCAGAGCCGUGAACAUGUCAACAAAAUAAAAAAAAAAACUUGUAAAAAGAUAAGGAUUUUUAGUUGCUGGUACCUGUUGCUCUGCCACCCCUUCAGCAUUUUAUACCUGAUGCAGUGACUCGGCACUUCUUCAUGGAUAAUAUGUUUCUCAAAAUGUAAACAACCACAUACUAUUCGACAAGGUGACCUUCGUGGAAAUCGACACAGGAAGAGCAGCGUUGUUCAGUGCCACACCAAGAUGGGAAGUACGAAAAUUAUGUUGGCGUUUGCUGUGCUGCUUCAUGUGAUUCUAUUAUCUACUGAACAAGAACACCAAAGACUUCCCCGACAGAUACUUGUGAAAGAGGGAAGUGCGCGCAGUAUUUCUCCUGCUGUGGACCAACUUCCAGCAAAGUUUGUUCGACGGGGUUAUAAAUCAAGCUGUCGAUGUGAGAAGAUUUCAAACUGUCCAUUACUUCAAAUAUCUGUACCUCGAUGUCCCUCUGAACAGUUUCUUUGCUGCUUUCCAAAGCCAUUAAAAUAAUGACAGUUCGUUUUGUUAUUUUGAUCUUCGGCUGCUGUACGUGCAAUAUAUCAGUUCUAUAUACUUCUUUAUCGGCUGAGCCAUGUGCGUAUGUUUGCUCAUAACCACGGAUGAACUUUAUAUUAUUUUGCAAUUGUAUUGGUUGGAAUUAUUUGUCUGAAUUCAAACAUGUUAAAGCACUAGAUAUUCACUCUCCAUAGAGGAAUGAAGUUUGAGUCUUUGCUAUUGUAAUGAUAUGUGCAAGAAUAACGCACAUCUAGAAACUUAUUUUACUUGUAGAAGUAAUCGCCGAAGUGUUGUAUAUGCUUGAAUUGUGCCAAUAUAUUGAAAUAAAACUUACGUCCAUGAAUGAAACCAAAAUUGAUGUGGUGUAUUUCUUCCUAUCUCUUUGCUAGUCAUAUGGUUACCCAAGGACAUGUCUACAGCUUUGAGUGGGAUGAGACAUUUGUGUGUGUUACUUAUUACUGAUUACCGUAGUUGGGCAUUGUGUGUGUGUAGUUACCGUAGUUACGUUCUGAGUUAAAUAAUUAAGUCUCUACAUCAUUCAGAUGGAUUGUAACUCAUCCUUGUUACGUUCUGGGUUAAAUAGUUAAGUCUACACCAUUCAAAUGAACUGUAACUCAUCCAAUGAGAGCAGUGUUAAUUCUGCAUAUCAGUUGAAGGGAGAAGUCUGUAAAAUAUCGCUUCAGGGUGAUUCUGCCUUUGAGUACAAUGAAGGGGAUGAGGUUUUAUAUGUCACACGGCAAGAAAUUGUGACCGAGAGUUUUUGUUAUAAUGGUCAAGUCGCUCCGACGAUAGAUUCACAAGAAAGACCAAGCGGUGUCUCUUUGUCUGGAGGGCCUGGAGAAUGGGAAUAUGUGUUGCCUAAUUCAGACUGUACAGAUUGUGUUGUAGGCGAGCUUGGGCCAGAGGAAGCACGUUGGUUUUAUAAAAGUGAUUCACAUAAACGUUGGAUUGAGUUUAGUGGAUAUGACUCUCUUAGGAUUGAAUCCGAAUAUCGGCGUUCAAAUCAUGAAUGGAAGUAUUAUAACACCAUGUAUAGCAAUCAAAAUCCAGCAGGAACAUGUUCAGGACGGACAUCGCCCAUUAAUCAAAGUGCCUUACCUGUGGAAAGUAGAAAAGGUGUUGAUUCAGGCUAUGAAUGUAAUGGGGCAGGUGCUGCACAGACAUCAGACAGAGACCAACAUAGAAUUGUGGUGCGUGGAGGAAUGUAUGAGGUGGAUUUAAAUACCUGUAAAUGUGAUUCUAUCUACUGGCCAGGUAGAGGAGAGGAGUGUGUGAUUACCCGUGGUAUAUGGUUCUAUGAUAUUUCAUGGCAGCCAAUAGAUCCUGAAUAUAGUAGUAGUUUGGAGGCUGUCCACCUAAAAUUAUUUUAUGGGAAAAAUAUGUCUGAUUACUACACUGAUCUGUUUAGCAAGACUCCUAAAACAGUUCUGCACACCAAGUCAUUUACGGAGUUUUAUGUUGACUGGUAUUCCCCAACUGAAGUUUACCUGUACAGCGAAACUGCACCAUCCAAGCUCGUCCGUACCUUCACCCACAGACUUGGCUUCCAGAAAUCUACUGGUUACCGUUUGUGCCGAGGAUAUAAGCAUAAUGCUACUGAGACUGACCGACCAGUGGAUAUUACACACCUUGUGUUUGUUAUUCAUGGCAUUGGGCAGAAGAUGGAUACUGGCCGAAUCAUUCGCAACACUUCUACGUUUCGUGAUCGUGUGGCAUGGUUAAAGCAGAAGUAUUUUGCAUCGUCAGAGAAUCGUGCAGAAUUCUUUCCAGUUGAAUGGAGGUCAUCACUCAAACUUGAUGGAGAUAUUGUGGAAGCUAUCACACCCCACAGGCUUCUGAGAUUGAGACAGCUUUUGAACUCCAGUGCUAUGGAUAUCAUGUAUUAUACCAGUCCACUGUAUUGCUGUGAGGUUCAGCAUGGACUUUCAGAGGAAUUGAACAGAUUAUACACAAUGUUCACUCAGCGAAACCCACAUUUCAUAUCCAAUGGUGGCAAAGUAUCUGUGAUUGCACAUUCUCUGGGAUGUGUUAUUGUGUAUGAUAUUGUGACUGGAUGGAGGCCAGAUUCUUGGCAGGUUGGUACUUUUUCUCGUACUGCUUGGAAUGGUGAGGAUUCGGAAUUACCAGAAACACCAAGACAUGAAUUUAUAUCAUCCAACAAUUCAUGCCUCCAAUUUCAAAUUGAUAAUUUGUUUUGUCUGGGUUCCCCAUUGUCAGUAUUUUUGGCACUACGGGUGCGAAAUCCACAGGCUCCUGGUCAUGUUGAGACCAUUCUGCCACCAUUCCUGUGCAGUAGCUUCUACAAUAUUUUCUACCCCUCUGAUCCAGUUGCAUAUAGGAUGGAACCUCUUCUGUUGCGUGAUUACAGCCGAAUUGCUCCACUACAGAUACAGGCUUAUGAUGUUGCCACUCAUGUACACUAUAAAGACAUGCCUCUUGAACCAACAGAUCCUGAAAUAACAGUUGGUGGCAGUGCUGGUACCUCAACUGUAACUAAACGUCAGGAAGGAGUAGAUGAACUGGGAGCUGAUUCUCCUAGCAACACUCCUACCAAAGGUUGGAGAAUUUGGGGCUUAAUGCGUGGGAGCUGGAAGCUGCAAGAUGAAGUAGAUGGAUCAGGAUCACCUCAGUUUGAUGCUCUACCUGCAGGUCAGCACCAGCGUCUAGACUAUGUUUUAAGAGAAAUAAACCUUGGUGGAGGUUACUUGUCAGCAUUAAGAUCACAUACUGCUUACUGGCGCAAUUAUGAUGUGGCAUAUUUUGUUUUGACGAGACUGUUUCGUGAUCUGGAGACUCAGCGGCUGCAGCAGGCUCCAGCAAGUGUCUCACAACAGUCACCAACAUCAUCAGAAGCUUCUUUGGCCAACAUGUAGUUCAACAAAGUUAACUAUAUUUUUCUACUGAAUUGUGUUGUAGGUUAUUUUAUGUGGUCCUUAUACAGUAUCCUUGUCAUAGGUAUCAAAGGAUACUAACAUAAAAUUACAGUUCCAAAGAGUUGGCUUCUUUGUUUGUGUGUGUGUGUGUAAGAGAGAGACAGAUAAAGAGAGAUACUUACUGAAUUAGUCAUAAGAAAACAUCAUUAAACGAAACAGGGUCUUGUUGCCUGUGUUUGUGACUUAAUAAAUAACAUCAUCUUCAGUUGGAAGCACUGUCAGUUAUGUUGUUAAAGGUUGAAUAUAGUUCAGUUCAGUGUAAAGGUGAGAUUGUUUGAUUGGAAAAUGUUAAAGUUACUCAAGAGUUUUAAAUUGUGAGUUGUAUUCCAGUAUAUUGAUAUUAGUAUUUCUGUCCCACACCUUAUUUAAUGGGGCCACGAUUUCUUAUCACAUUGAUGAAAGAUAUUGUAACGUGUUUCGAGUUCGAAGCUCGUUGGUCACGUGUGUAAGUCCAAAUCCCACUUCUGACACCA